UUGAGAUAAGAACUUUCUCUAAAGUCACAUAGGCAAUUUCAUCAGCACGUAUGCAAUUCAGCUGGCAAAUAAUGAUAAUGAUUGUUUACAAUCACAUACUAUGAAUCGGAUAAAAAACAAUACUUGCAUAUCAAUCAACGUUAUUUGUUGAUGUGGUGUAUAAGCUACGUGAGUAAAUGGCUGUGAACAAGGUGGGGGCAGUAUAAGAUGUAUUGAACAAGACCCUACCAUUCUAAUUAGUCUGAGCAGUUUUUUCAUAGAGCUCCGAUCAGUCGGCGAAGAUUCGCGGACCUGCACCUAACGAACCGUUUCGUGUCAGAGUUUGCCGCGAACUUACGAGUUUUUCGGGUGUUGACUUGAAAAGGGUUUGUCGAGAUGAUUUCAUAAUAAUGGCGGUGACUCGCGAUUGGCGUUAGUCAUUCGAGUUUAUCUUCGCAACACAACCCCUUCGAGUUCUGUGAGAUCUCAAGUGAAACGAAACGAAGGGCGGUUCUUUUGGGGCGGUAACGGAAAAAUGUCGUCCACCGUGAAUGCUGCACUGGUCGGAGACGAUGUAGAGAAGCGGAAAAGAAUUGAAAACUUCGAUGACAUCCUCCCGUACAUCGGUGAUGCCGGACUUUAUCAGUGGCUUCUUUUCCUGAUACUCUUGCCAUUCGCAUUUGUAUACGCUUUUCUUUAUUUCACUCAAUUCUUUCUCACCCUCAUGCCGAACGAAUAUUGGUGCAGGGUGGUGGAGCUUGAUGACUGGAAUAUCACAGAUGCUCAAAAAUUUGCCCUUUCUAUACCACCAGCUGACACCGAAGAGUUGCUGGUCGAUAGUGAUAUACUUUAUUCAAAAUGCCAAAUGUACGACAUUGAUUACUCGGCUUUGAAAAAUUCCGGAGUAAUUAAUGCCGAUCCAACGUGGCCAAAAGUACCUUGUCGUCACGGAUGGACAUUCAAUUACAGUACCAUUCCUUACGUUUCAAUUGCCGCAGAGCUCGAAUGGGUCUGUGACAAAGCUUAUUAUUCAACGGUGGCCCAAUCCGUGUUUUUCGUUGGUAGCAUAAUCGGGGGUUUCAUAUUUGGCUACAUAGCUGACCACUAUGGGCGAUUACCUGCUUUGAUUGCUUGCAACGCUGUUGGUUUCUUCGGAUCAAUUGCGACAGCUUUUUGCAACAGCUUUUGGACAUUUUGUCUUUGUAGAUUGAUUGUGGGAACAGCAUUCGACAAUUGCUUCAACAUACUUUUCAUAAUAGUGAUCGAAUACGUGGGUCCUCGGCAUCGGACUUUCAUGGCCAACAUGUCUUUUGGUUUUUAUUUCACCGCUUCUUCGGCGCUUUUACCAUGGCUCGCAUACUGGAUCGCUGAUUGGAGAAUUUUGAGUGGAGUCACAGCUGCCCCGUUAGUCAUUGCGUUUGCGGCACCUUGGCUAGUUCCAGAAAGUGCCAGAUGGUACAUCUCGAAGGGAAACAUUCCCAAGGCAAUGGAGAUGUUGAGGAAAUGUGAAAAAUGUAAUGGUAAAACUGUGAGUAAAGAAAUCUAUGAGGAAUUCGAACAAAGCUGCAACGAGAUGGUAAAACUCGAGAGCUCAAAUAACGGCUACACUGUUUUGGAUCUAUUCAAGAAACCGCGAUUAUCUUACAUAACGGUCAUGUUGACUUUAUACUGGCUACUCAUCAUUCUCGUGUUCGACGGCCACGUGUGGAACAUGAAAUUGCUAGACCCGGAUGUCUUCACCUCCUUUUCUCUGGCUGCUCUGACCGAACUUCCAGCUGCUAUCGCCUUAACUGUCCUUCUCGACAAAUGGGGUCGUAGAUGGAUGGGUUUUCUCUCCAUGUUGAUUUGUGCAAUAUUUUCGUUCGUUACUUUAGCCAUGCCACCUGGUGGUGCCACGGUUGCCAUGGGAAUUGUCGCUCGUUUUGGCGUAAACAUAGCAGCAAAUAUUGGGUUCCAGUAUGCCGCAGAAAUGUUACCUACGGUGGUCAGAGCACAGGGCGUAUCCUUGAUCCACAUUAUUGGAUACUUCGCGCAUAUUAUUGGGCCCUACGUCGUUUACUUGGGCGAAAUAUCCCCCUCAUUGCCGCUGACUGUGCUCGGGCUGCUAUCCUUUGUUGUCGCGGUGCAAGCUUUGUUCAUGCCAGAAACCUUGGGACAAGAUUUACCUCAGACACUAGAAGAAGGCAACGACUUUGGUAGAGAACAAAGCUUCUGGUGGCUACCAUGUAUAUCCAGUACAAACGAAAAAAAGAAAAAGUUUCGAAAGUCAAGAACACCGACUAGCUUGCAGAGGGUCAGCUCCGUGAGGUGACGAGGCAUGACGUGUUCGUUAUUCGGAUGAGAAGUACCAAAUUUUGAAUCUAAUCUAAGGAUCACUACCAAAUAUUAUCUCCGUCGCAUACCUUCUUGCUCCGCGUAUGGCUACUUGAUCAAGAGUUUAGGGUUUCUCAAUCACACAAAAUCCAACCGAUGGGCGAAUAAGUUGACUUCGGUUAUGCCUAUUUUUUUCGUAGUUACAGUUAGGUAGUAGUACCGAUCGAGUUAUUUCCGAAGAAUAGCUGAACUCUUUCAAGAAUUCUUCAACGGUGUAAUGUGAAUGGAUUCAAUAUUAUAAUAUACGUAUGUAUACCGUACCACAAAAUGGUCACCCAAUGGCUUUGACCGUAUAACCCCAUUGCUGUACAGAAGAUCUCUUCCGGGAUCAAAAUUUUACGGGAAUUAUUAUUAUCUCGAGUUGCAGACGUUGGUUGGAAGUUAUGUCAACACAGUGAUGAUCUUGACCCCUUCUACGAAAUCGCAUCGAAAUGAUCGACCCCAUUUUCACUCCUUCGCCACCAUCGGCAUAAUUGACAUUAUUUAAAUAUACAUAAAAAUAUUUGCGACCAAUAUGAUCAUGCUGUCGUUAUACAUUCUGAGAUGACGACUCAGCUAUAUGUAUCAAUAAACAGUUAACUCGUUCGCACAUGAUUGUAUGCUUAUUAACGUGAUAACGAUAGUUUUACGCGUACAUAAUACAGUCGAGCAACUAUUGGGCAUCGAUGAUAACAACCAGGGAAUGAGGAAUUGAGUGAAUGGUUAUACUUACUGCAAUAUAAAGUUGAGAUUUGGAUUGGAAUGAAAUGCGGUAUAUUGGGGUAUAUUCCGCGGAUUUUACUUCAUAUUUUCACCUUUUGUCGAAUAGAUUGGAGUUCACUUACAUGAAACCUGAGCAGCUUCAAACACGUAUCAAUACCUCGUUAGUUAUUAGCGUUAGUAAUUCGCCACACUCGCGAAACGGCGUGCGUAAAUGAAGUAACCAAUCCUGAGUAAUAUUUCGAAUGGAACGUCUUUGAGUGGGGUUAAUUGUUGGUGACCCGCACUCGGUUGUCGCAAUUCGCUCGAUCGAUGAAGGCGAAUAAUUCAAAUGUCAGACGUGAGGCGACGCAAGUAUUAUACAUACGUGUAUAAUGACGAGAAAACCAUCUGCCCAGCAAUGCCGACCGCGCAUGAUGUACUCGCGUGCGCACGUACAUUACACAUAGCAAUAACAUCUGUAAACUGUUGCAAUUUAUAAUCCCAAGUACAACUUUUUCGUCGA